GGUCAGCUGAUUGCAGAUGGGUUGCGUGGCGUUUCUAACAUGUCUAGAGGAAACGACACAGCUCUGUUGACACAAACCUCUGGACACCAUCAAGUCAGCAGCAGUGGAAGGUCUGUGCUUCAGAAAUCUCUUAAGGAAGCAAUGGAAGGAAUGGAUUUGCCAGAAGGUUAUGAUUAUCAUCAGGACUAUAACUACAGUUAUGAAACUUCCAUUCCACGCGAGGAGCCAGUUUUCCAGCACAAAUCGAUGUGCAUGAAGGAAGUUUUGUGUGUGUUUUUGCUCGUGGUCAGUGUGGUCAUCUUUCUGCUGGGCUUCUGUGGAAACGGUCUGGUCAUGUGGAUUUCUGGCUUCAAGAUGAAGAAGACUGUCAACACCACCUGGUACAUGAGCCUCGCCAUCUCCGACUUCGUCUUCUGCGCCUUCCUCCCGUUCAGCAUCGCCAACAUGGCGAUGGAGAAGUGGAUCUUCGGCCGCUUCAUGUGCAAAUUCGCCUCCUCCGUCAUGUUCCUCAACAUGUUCAGCAGCAUCUUCCUCCUGGUCGUCAUCAGCAUCGACCGCUGCGUGUCGGUCAUGUUUCCAGUUUGGGCUCAGAACCAUCGCACUGUCAAAAAGGCGUCCGUCAUUGUUUUCAUUUGCUGGCUUCUCGCCAUCGGGAUGAGCUUUCCCUCUGUCAUCUUCCGGGAGGUUAGCACCCACAUGGGCAGAACCAUUUGUUACAACAAUUAUACAUCGUACCAGCACGGUCACAAGGUGGUUGCAGUGAGCCGCUUCCUCGCAGGGUUUGUCGUCCCUUUCGUUGUCAUCAUCGUCUGCUACUCGAUCAUCAUCCUCAAACUGCGAAGCAACAGGAUGAUGAAAUCCUCUAAACCCUUCAAAGUCAUGUCUGCACUCGUCGCUGCUUUCUUCAUCUGCUGGCUGCCCUACCACGUGUCCGUCCUGCUCGAGCUCGACCAUCAAAGGUACAACCACAACAUUUUGGUCACCGGACUCAAAGUAGGCACUCUGAUGGCCGCAGCGAACAGCUUCCUCAACCCGGUGUUGUAUGUUUUCAUGGGCAACGACUUCAAGCAGAAGUUCAAGAUCUCCGUGCUCUCAAAGAUGGAGAACGCCAUGGCAGAGGAAGGCCGCACCACCAGCCGAUACCUGUCCAGGUCCAGCUCCAUGGAUGGCAGAGCUUCCACACACAUCUAGAACCCAAACUGUUUCACUCAGGGCAGCCACGUGACAUUGAAAAUACUGUUUUUCUGAAAUGCAAUUAACUAACACAAGAUGUCAAAUAUGUAUAGAUUCACAGUAAUAAGCAUUUUCAUUGCACUGUUCUACUGUCGGCCAGCAUGGCACAACACAUUAUGUAGUGGAUGAAUCUGAGAGCUUGAGCCAAUAUCUAAACAUGUACUUUACUCACUGUGCACUGCUCGGUGAUAUCGGUCACAUGCAGCAGAAGGAAUGUUUUCAGAGCAGUUUGAACUGCAACACGUCGAGGAAUUUAUUGUUGUCAAAUACAGAAUGUAAAAUACGAAGGAUACUUUCUGAUAAUACAUGUAUCAUUAUAUUAAGCAUUGUCUGAAAUUAUAUUAUGCCAAAGGAACAUUCAGUGGGCUCCUUUCACAACCAAUUAGCGUGUAUUGUUUGAUCACAAAUGGUGGCAGUAGAUUACUAAUUGCAGAUAACAUUUGUGAGUCUUUCAGAGCUCGUGCAUCGAUUUUAAUUUUUUUAUGGCAUUUACUUUGAUUAGUGAGACAAGAGAAAAUGUGUACAAAAGGAAAUAAUCUCUUUUUUGCAAAUUUGGUGGAAGGGGCUUCAGUGUUUUUGCAGGAAAUAGUUGCUCAUCAGUUUGUAGAUUUGACCUGAACUCAAAUAUGAAGCACCAGGCCACACAAUUGGACACAAACAGAAGAUCAGGAAGAAACACUCGCUGAAGGAACAAAGCCAAAGAAUUGAUUUCUAGUUUCUAUUUCUUUUUCUGGCAGAUAAAACCUCAGCUGUCCAAAAAGGGAUGUUUCAGGGUUUUAUUUACGACACCAUAGUACGCAAUAUUUUUGUGUUGCAGCAUUACUGUAUGUUGUGUCAGACUGACCCAGAUACAGUGCAGAAAUGGGUGGAGGACUGCUGUUGAGAUAUGUGCAGUGUAGUUCGUUCUCAUGAAUCAUAGAAAUACCGCACACCAAGAAUGUAUUACCAGGUGACAAAAACAGCGUGUUGGAUGGCCUUUAAUCUUUAUUUCAUUUAUGACAGCUGUUCAGUGAAUGUGAUUUGUGCAAUACAUUUUUUUUUUUUUAAUAAAGCUGUAACUA